AUGACAUUAGCAAAACACUGGAAGUUUAAUAAGGAUGAAGACAUAGUUUUGUCUAACCUUAAGGGAUUGUGCCACUCUAACCCAGCAGUUGGAUUGAUCCCGUCCGAAAAGGUUAUCUACAACCUCAAUUCCGACACAUCCAAGAAGGUCACAUUGAUAAGUGGAGGAGGAGCAGGUCAUGAACCAUUGCACGGAGGGUUUGUAGGUGAAAACUUGCUUGAUGCCGCAGUUAGUGGUGCAAUUUUUGCAUCACCAUCGACUAAGCAGAUCAUGGCAGCAGUGAAGACCAAGUCCAACAAGGACAAAGGAACGUUAAUAAUAGUUAAGAAUUAUACGGGAGAUGUGUUGCAUUUUGGGUUGGUGGUAGAGAGGGCCAAGAGUGAAGGGUAUAAUAUUGAUAUUCUUCCCGUGAGUGACGAUGUUGCGGUUGGCAGAAGACAAAAUGAGAUGGUUGGAAGAAGAGGUUUGGCCGGAACUGCAUUGAUUCAUAAGGUUUUAGGAGCAUCAUCUUCAGACGGUUCUGAUUUGAAGUCAAUUGCUGAACUUGGGCACCUUGUGAACGACAACUUGGUUACCAUUGGUGCUUCGUUAGACCGUACUUCAGUUCCUGGAAAGGCUGGUGAAGAAGUAGAGUUCACAGGUCCGGAUGAAGCGGAAUUGGGUUUGGGUAUUCAUAAUGAACCUGGACACAAAAUGAGCCCUAUCCCAAAUAUUGAUGACUUAGUUAAGGACAUGUUCAACAAAUUAUUGUCACCCGAAGAUAAAGAUCGUCAUUACGUUGAUUUUGAUUUGAAAAAUGAUGAAUACAUUUUAGUUAUUAAUAAUAUUGGUGGUACUUCAUCUUUCGAAUUGUAUGCUAUCGCUGAGCAUGUGGUUCUGAAUUUACCAUUAUCCAAAAGACCAAAGCGUAUUUUGAUCAGUGACUUCGUCACAUCAUUGAACUCUCCAGGUUUCUCUAUCACGUUAUUGAACUUGUCAAAUAUCGCUAAGUCCAACUCGAAGUAUUCAGAAUCAAAGGUAUUAGGCUAUUUGGAUCUUCCAACUGAUGCGCCAGGCUGGAAACCAAAACUGUUUGACGCAAAACAAUGGUCAAACGAAAGCAAAUACAUUGAUUCACCAAUGAUUCAUGAGCAAAGGGUCACCUCGUCCUUGAAGAUGGAUUCCGGUUUAUUUGAAAAGGCGUUGACUAGUGCCUUACAAAAAUUAUUAAAGGCUGAACCAGAUAUCACUCACUAUGAUACUCUCGUCGGAGAUGGCGAUUGUGGUGAAACCUUAGCUAAAGGUGCAAAUGCGAUAUUAGAUGCUUUGAAGAAUGACAAGUCUUUCAAAGAUAACUUAAGUGAUCCUGCUUCUACGUUGUCUACCAUUACUGAAAUAGUUGAAGAUAAUAUGGGCGGCACAUCUGGUGGUAUAUAUUCUAUUUUCUUAACUGCUUUAGUGAAACACAUUCAAGAUGCACAAGAAAUAACAACUGAAGCUUUAGGUAAAGCAUUCCACGGCGCAUUAUAUGAUGGGUUAUUUAAAUACACUAAAGCUCGUACUGGUGGCAGAACCCUUGUUGAUACCUUACAGCCAUUCGUUGAUUCAUUUUCUAAGUUUGGUAAUGUCCAAGAGGCUGUAAAGGCAGCCAAAAAGGGUUGUGAGGCUACCAAGGAUUUACAAGCUAAAUUUGGUAGAGCAAGCUAUGUUAGUGAUGAAGAAUUUAAAGACGGUGAAAUUCCAGACCCUGGUGCUAUUGGAUUAUUAGCUAUCAUUGAAGGUUAUGCUGAAGCUUUAUCUAAGUAG